GUGGCCUGGACCAGUGCGGCUGCGGUGGCAGUCACGCUGGAACCUGCUGAUGGGACACAAGGACCACAAAGGCCGGGGACGCGAUGCUGGCAGCCACCGGAGCCCAAAAGUGAUGCCAAGAUGCAGGUAUCACAGGAGCAAGAAGAAAGGUGCUCGCCAAGGAGUACUGCACGUCUGCUGAGAUAAGGGUGAGGAACACGGAGCCCGAGAACGUCUACAUAUCUUCCCCAACUCCUUCAAAAAGAAAUACGGAAGAUUCUCAGAUGAAAAUAGCUUCUCUUUGCUUUGGGGAAAAGCCAAAACCCAUUAGCUAAUCAAUACCAUUUUACCUUAAGAACAUCUGUGGGUUGUUGGAUCAGAAGGCGUAACGCAAGGAGGCAACACUUUGAGACUGGAGAGUCAUACUUUAAGGAACACAAACACAAAACACAGCAACGCUUUCGAACAUCAGAUGAUGAGUGGAUGCUGAGGGGAAAACAGCCUUUUCACUGGCCAGGCAGAACUGAACUGGAGUACACGUUUACAGGAAACAAAGGAAAGACUUGGAAGAAAGAAAAAUAUUUUCAUGGUUUUCCCAGACAGAUAUUCCAGGCCAAGUGAUAAUGGAGACCAAGGAUACUAGGUGGCUCCGGGUGACCGUGCUUCCCGGCUGCGUGGGCUGCAGGACGAUGGCAGUGCCCGCGAUCUGGACGGUGCGCGACGUGAAGCGGCGCAUCGCGGCCGAGACGGGCUUCCCCGCGUCGGAGCAGCGUCUGUGGCUCGGAGGCCGGCAGUUAUCUGACUGGAUCAGGAUUGGAGAUCUGACUUCCCAAAAUUGUCAUCUUUUUGUAAACCUUCAAUCAAAAGGCUUAAAAGGGGGAGGUCGAUUUGGUCAAACAACUCCCCCACUUGUUGAUUUCCUCAAGGACAUUUUAAGAAGAUAUCCAGAAGGAGGACAGAUUCUUAAGGAAUUAAUUCAGAAUGCAGAAGAUGCUGGGGCCACAGAAGUUAAAUUUUUAUAUGAUGAAACUCAGUAUGGAACAGAGACUCUUUGGUCAAAAGAUAUGGCACAAUAUCAGGGGCCAGCUCUCUACGUGUACAACAAUGCGGUUUUCACCCCGGAGGACUGGCACGGCAUUCAGGAGAUAGCACGGAGCCGGAAAAAGGACGACCCUCUGAAGGUCGGGAGAUUUGGAAUUGGGUUCAAUUCUGUCUAUCAUAUAACAGAUGUUCCUUGUAUCUUUAGUGGUGAUCAGAUUGGGAUGUUAGAUCCUCAUCAGACACUUUUUGGUCCACAUGAAUCAGGCCAAUGUUGGAAUCUCAAAGAGGACAGCAGAGAAAUUAGCGAACUUUCAGACCAGUUUGCACCAUUUAUUGGCAUCUUUGGCAGCACCAAGGAGACGUUUAUAAACGGCAGUUUUCCAGGAACAUUUUUCCGUUUCCCCCUCCGGCUACAGCCCUCCCAGCUUAGCAGUAACCUCUACAAUAAGCAGAAAGUUCUCGAGUUGUUUGAGUCUUUCAGGGCAGAUGCAGACACGGUGCUGCUCUUUCUGAAAAGUGUGCAGGACAUCUCCUUACACGUCCGCGAGGCCGACGGAACAGAGAAGCUGGUCUUCAGAGUGACUGCUAGUGAGAGUGCAGCCCUGACACAGGAGCGGCCGGAUUCUAUAAAGAUCCUGGGGGCCGCCAUCAGUAACUAUUGUGAGAAGAUUCCCAGCAACAGCAUAACCUGUGUCACGUACCCUAUAAAUAUAGUUUUAGAAGAUGAGAGUGCCAGGGGUGCACAGAAAACGUCUUGGCUGGUGUGUAACAGCGUGGGUGGGCGAGGGAUUAGUAGUAGGCUUGAUGCGUUGGCUGAUGAGUUGAAGUUCGUCCCCGUCAUUGGAAUAGCCAUGCUGCUGUCAAGUGGAGAUGAGCAGGAGGGAGGAGCAGCAGCGUCCGAGUUCUCCGGGAAAGCCUUCUGCUUCCUUCCUUUACCGCCUGGCGAGGAAAGCAAAACCGGCCUCCCAGCUCACAUCAGUGGCUUCUUCGGCCUGACGGACAAUCGCAGGAGCAUCAAAUGGAGAGAGCUGGACCAGUGGAGGGACCCGGCCGCGUUGUGGAAUGAGUUUCUCGUCCUGAACGUCGUCCCUAGAGCCUACGCCACUCUGAUCUUAGACUCCAUAGAACGUCUGCAGGCGGGAAGGAGCCCCGACCUGCCCCUGUCGGUGGACGUCAUCUACAAGCUGUGGCCCGACGUCAAGCGGGCCACGGCGCACUGGCAGCCCGUGUUGGAGCCUCUGUUUCACGAGCUGUUCCAGCACGCAGUCCUGUAUUCCCUCAGCGGCCACUGGGUCCCCUUGGAGCAGGCUUGCUUCUCGGAACUGGACGAGAGUCUGGAAUGCACCAGGUCCGUGCUCAGCUAUCUCCAGAGCUCAGGGAAGCAGGUCGUCAGGGUCCCGGCCCACGUGGCCGCCGCCGUUCAGCUCGCCGUGUCCAGCGCGAGGCCCGUGAGGAAGGUGACGCCCGCGUGGACCCGGCAGGUGCUGCGGAAGGCAGCGCACCUGGGCGGUACCAGCGCCGCUGAGAAGCUGCAUCUGCUAGAGUUCGUGCUCUCCGACCAGGCCUACGGCGAGCUGCUGGGGCUGGAGCUGCUGCCCCUACAGAACGGAAGUUUCAUCCCUUUCUCCUCGUCUGUGUCCGAUCAAGAUGUGAUCUAUAUAAGCUCAGAAAACUAUCCCAGGACCCUUUUCCCAGGUCUCGAAGGAAAAUUUAUUUUGGAUAACUUGAAGCCUCACCUUCUGGCUGCUUUAAAGGAAGCUGCCCAAACCCGAGGAAGACCGUGUACCCAGCUACAGCUUCUAAACCCAGAACGUUUUGCACGUCUUAUCAAAGAAGUAGUGAACACAUUCUGGCCUGGCAGGGAGUUGAUUGUUCAGUGGUAUCCAUGUGAUGAAGACAAAAAGCACCCAUCUAUUUCGUGGCUUAAAAUGGUGUGGAAGAAUCUCUAUAUACAUUUUUCAGAGGAUUUGACUUUAUUUGAUGAGAUGCCACUAAUCCCUAGAACCGCACUAGAAGAAGGUCAGACGUGUGUGGAACUCAUCAGACUCAGGAUCCCCUCAUUAGUCAUUUUAGAUGAUGAAUCUGAAGCACAGCUCCCAGAAUUUUUAGCUGACGUUGUACAAAAACUUGGAGGGAUUGUCCUUAAGCAAUUAGAUGCCUCCAUACAACAUCCACUUAUUAAAAAAUACAUUCAUUCGCCAUCCCCAAGUGCUGUUCUGCAGAUGAUGGAGAAGAUGCCUCUGCAGAAGCUGUGCAACCAGGUUGCGUCGCUCCUUCCAACGCACAAAGAUGCCCUAAGGAAGUUCUUAGCUAACUUAACUGAUAGCAGUGAAAAGGAGAAAAGAGUAAUUCAGGAACUGACAAUAUUCAAGCGCAUUAACUAUUCAUCCAGUCAGGGGAUCUCCUCCUACACCAAGCUGAAGGGCUGCAGGGUCCUGCACCACACAUCCAGGCUCCCGGCUGGCCUGCGGCUCUCCAUCUCAGUCGUGGACAGCAGUGACGAGGCCACCAUCCGCCUGGCAAACCUGCUCAAGGUGGAGAAGGUAAAGACCACCAGCUGCCUAAAGCUUAUCUUAAAAGACAUCGAAAAUGCAUUUUAUUCACACGAGGAGAUGACACACCUUAUGCUGUGGGUCCUCGAGAAUCUAUCCUCUCUUAAAAAUGAGAAUCCAAAUGUGCUUGAUUGGCUAAUGCCAUUAAAAUUCAUUCAGAUCUCACAGGAGCGGCUGGUGUCGGCCAGUGAGCUCUUUGACCCUGAUGUGGAAGUGUUAAAGGACCUCUUCUAUGAUGAAGAGGAAACUUGUUUCCCACCCUCAGCUUUUACCUCACCAGAUAUUCUUCACUCUUUAAGACAGAUUGGUUUAAAAAACGAAGCCAGUCUCAAAGAGAAAGAUGUUGUGCAAGUGGCUAAAAAAAUUGAAGCUCUACAGGCCAGCUCUUGUCCAAAUCAGGAAAUGCUCCUGAAGAAAGCCAGAACGCUCUUACUGGUCUUAAAUAAGAACCACGCCCUGCUGCAGUCACCUGAAGGGAAGAUGGCCCUGAAGAAAAUAAAAUGGGCUCCAGCUUGCAAGCAAAGGCCUCCAAACUACCCAGGAUCCUUAGUCUGGAAAGGGGAUCUCUGGGAUCUCUGUGCCCCCGCGGACAUGUGCGACGCGGCCCAUGCCAUUCUGGUCGGCUCAUCACUUCCUCUUGUUGAGAGUGUCCACGUGAACUUGGAAGAAGCUUUAGGUAUCUUCACAAAACCUGAUAUCAAUGCUGUCUUAAAGCACUUUAAAAUUGUUGUCGAUUGGUAUACUUCGAACACCUUUAGUGAUGAAGACUACUAUCAGUUCCAGCACAUUUUGCUCGAAAUUUAUGGAUUCAUGCAUGAUCAUUUAAAUGAAGGGAAGGAUGCUUUUAGAGCCUUAAAAUUUCCAUGGGUUUGGACUGGCAAAAAGUUCUGUCCUCUCGCCCAAGCUGUGAUAAAACCGUUUUAUGAUCUUGACCUUCAGCCUUAUUUGCACAGUGUGCCUAAGACCAUGGCAAAGUUCCAUCAGCUGUUCAAGGCCUGCGGUUCAGUAGAGGAGCUGACACCAGAUCACAUUUCCAUGGUCAUUCAGAAGGUGUACCUCAAAAGCGGCCAAGACCUCAGUGACCAAGAAAGCAAACAGAAUCUUCAUCUGAUGUUGAAUAUCAUCCGAUGGCUUUAUAGCAAUCAGAUUCCAGCAAGCCUCAACACACCAGUUCCUAUACAUCAUAGCAGAGAUCCUUCCAAGCUUAUCAUGAAGCCAAUUCAUGAAUGCUGUUACUGUGACAUCAAAGUUGAUGACCUGAAUGACUUACUGGAAGAUUCCGUGGAACCAAUCAUUUUGGUGCAUGAGGACAUACCCAUGAAAACUGCAGAGUGGCUGAAAGUCCCAUGCCUCAGUACAAGACUGAUCAACCCCGAAAACAUGGGCUUUGAGCAGUCAGGACAAAGAGAACCACUGACUGUAAGAAUUAAAAAUAUUCUGGAAGAAUACCCUUCAGUGUCAGAUAUCUUUAAAGAACUUCUUCAAAAUGCUGACGACGCAAAUGCAACAGAAUGCAGCUUCAUGAUUGACAUGAGAAGAAACAUGGACAUUCGAGAGAAUCUCCUGGACCCGGGGAUGGCAGCGUGUCAUGGGCCGGCUCUGUGGUCGUUCAACAACUCUCAAUUCUCAGAUUCGGACUUUGUGAACAUAACAAGGCUAGGGGAAUCUUUAAAGAGGGCAGAAGUUGACAAAGUUGGGAAAUUUGGUCUUGGGUUUAAUUCCGUGUACCACAUCACCGACAUUCCCAUCAUCAUGAGUCGAGAAUUCAUGAUAAUGUUUGAUCCCAACAUAAACCACAUCAGUAAACACAUUAAAGACAGAUCUAAUCCCGGGAUCAAAAUUAAUUGGAGUAAACAGCAGAAAAGACUUAGGAAAUUUCCUAAUCAGUUCAAACCAUUCAUAGACGUAUUUGGCUGUCAGUUACCUCUGACCGUGGAAGCACCUUACAGCUAUAGUGGGACUCUGUUCCGACUGUCCUUUAGAACUCAGCAGGAAGCCAAAGUGAGUGAAGUUAGCAGUACCUGCUACAACACAGCAGAUAUUUACUCUCUUGUGGAUGAAUUCAGUCUCUGUGGACACAGGCUUAUCAUUUUCACUCAGAGUGUAACCUCAAUGUAUCUGAAGUACUUGAAAAUUGAGGAAACCAAUCCCAGCUUAGCUCAAGAUACAAUCAUAAUUAAAAAAAAAUUGUGCUCUUCCAAAGCAUUGAUUGCACCUGUCAUCAGUGUUUUAAAAGAAGCUGCUAAGCUCAUGAAGACUUGCGACAGCAGUAACAAGAAGCUCCCCGCUGAUGCACCCAAGUCCGCUUGCAUCCUUCAGAUCACAGUGGAGGAAUUUCACCACGUGUUCAGAAGGAUUGCUGAUUUACAGUCGCCACUUUUUAGAGGUCCAGAUGAUGACCCAGCUGCUCUCUUUGAAAUGGCUAAGUCCGGCCAAUCCAAAAAGCCAUCGGAUGAGUUACCACAAAAAACAAUGGAGUGUACUGUGUGGCUUAUAUGUACCUGCAUGGAUACAGGAGAGGCUCUCAAGUUUUCCCUGAGUGAGAGCGGGAGAAGGCUGGGAGUGGUUCCUUGUGGGGCUGUGGGAGUUUUUCUGGCUGAGAUCCAGGACGGGAAGUGGGUUGUGAGACCACAGGCUGGGGAGGUGUUCUGCUAUUUGCCCCUACGAAUCAAAACAGGAUUGCCAGUUCACAUCAACGGGUGCUUUGCUGUUACUUCAAACAGGAAAGAGAUCUGGAAGACAGAUACAAAAGGACACUGGAACACCACCUUCAUGAGACACGUGGUUGUGAAAGCUUACCUAGAGGCACUCAGCAUCCUGCGUGACCUGGCCAUGAGUGGGGAGCUGAUGGACUAUACUUACCAUGCAGUGUGGCCUGACCCUGAUCUGGUUCAUGAUGACUUCUCUGUAAUUUGUCAAGGGUUUUAUGAAGAUAUAGCUCACGGGAAAGGGAAGGAAUUGACAAGAGUCUUCUCUGAUGGAUCCACAUGGGUUUCCAUGAAGAAUGUGAGAUUUCUAGAUGACUGUAUACUUAAGAGAAGAGAUGUUGGUCCAGCAGCCUUCAAGAUAUUUUUGAAAUACCUCAAGAAGACUGGGUCGAAAAACCUCUGUGCUGUUGAACUUCCUUCUUCAGUAAAAUUAGGAUUUGAAGAAGCUGGCUGCAAACAGAUACUGCUUGAAAAUACAUUUUCAGAGAAACAGUUUUUUUCAGAAGUGUUUUUUCCAAAUAUUCAAGAAAUUGAAGCAGAACUCAGAGAUCCUUUAAUGAAUUUUGUUCUGAAUGAGAAAGUUGAUGAGUUCUCAGGAAUUCUUCGUGUUACUCCAUGUAUCCCUUGCUCGCUGGAGGGGCAUCCUCUGGUUUUACCAUCAAGAUUAAUCCACCCUGAAGGACGGGUUGCAAAGUUAUUUGAUACUAAAGACGGACGAUUUCCUUACGGCUCUACUCAGGACUACCUAAAUCCUAUUAUUCUGAUUAAACUCGUCCAGUUAGGUAUGGCAAAAGAUGAUAUUUUAUGGGAUGACAUGCUAGAACGUGCCGAGUCAGUAGCUGAAAUUAAUAAAAGUGAUCACGGUGCUGCUUGCCUAAGAAGUAGCAUCCUGUUAAGUCUUAUUGAUGAAAAACUAAAAAUAAGGGAUCCUAGAGCAAAGGACUUUGCUGCAAAAUAUCAAACAAUCCCCUUCCUCCCGUUUCUCACAAAACCAGCAGGUUUUUCUUUGGACUGGAAAGGUAACAGUUUUAAGCCUGAAACCAUGUUUGCAGCAACCGACCUUUAUACAGCUGAGCAUCAGGAUAUAGUUUGUCUUUUGCAGCCAGUUCUAAACGAAAGUUCACAUUCCUUCAGAGGCUGCGGUUCAGUGCCACUGGCUGUUAAAGAGUUUUUGGGGUUACUGCGGAAGCCCACAGUUGACCUGGUCAUAAGCCAAUUGAGAGAAGUUGCAAAAUCAGUUGAUGAUGGAAUCACAUUGUACCAGGAGAACAUCACCAAUGCUUGCUACAAAUACCUUCAUGAAGCAAUGAUGCAAAGUGACAUCACUAAGAUAUCAAUUAUUGAAAAGUUAAAAACGUUUAGCUUCAUUCUAGUUGAGAGUGCAUAUGUUGACUCAGAAAAAAUUGCUUUUCAUUUGAAUUUUGAAGCAGCCCCAUACCUUUAUCAGUUGCCUAAUAAAUAUAAAAAUAGUUUCCGUGAACUUUUUGAAAGUGUGGGUGUGAGGCAGUCUUUUACUGUUGAAGAUUUUGCCCUUGUUUUGGAAUCUAUUGCUCAAGAAAAAGAAACAAAACAAAUAACAGAAGAGAAUUUUCAGCUUUGCCGGCGAAUAAUCAGUGAAGGAAUAUGGAGUCUCAUUAGAGAAAAGAAACAAGAAUUUUGUGAGAAAAAUUAUGGCCAUAUAUUAUUGCCAGAUACUAAUCUUAAGCUUCUCCCUGCAAAAUCUUUAUGCUACAAUGAUUGUCCCUGGAUAAAAGUAAAGGAUAGCACUGUAAAAUACUGUCAUGCAGAUAUACCGAGGGAAGUGGCUGUGAAACUAGGAGCAGUACCAAAGCGGCAUAAAGCCUUAGAAAGGUAUGCGUCCAACAUCUGCUUUACAACACUGGGCACUGAAUUUGGACAGAAGGAAAAACUGACCAGCAGAAUUAAGAGUAUCCUUAAUGCCUAUCCUUCAGAAAAGGAAAUGCUGAAAGAACUUCUUCAGAAUGCUGAUGAUGCAAAGGCUACAGAAAUCUGUUUUGUGUUUGACCCUCGACAGCAUCCAGUUGAUAGGAUAUUUGACGACAAGUGGGCCCCCUUGCAGGGGCCAGCACUGUGUGUGUACAACAACCAGCCUUUCACAGAAGACGAUGUCAGAGGGAUUCAGAACCUCGGGAAAGGCACCAAGGAAGGAAAUCCGUGUAAAACUGGACAAUACGGAAUAGGAUUCAAUUCUGUGUAUCACAUUACAGACUGCCCUUCUUUUAUUUCCGGCAAUGACAUCCUGUGUAUUUUUGAUCCUCAUGCCAGAUACGCACCAGGAGCCACAUCUGUUAGUCCUGGACGCAUGUUUAGAGAUUUGGAUGCAGAUUUUAGGACACAGUUCUCAGAUGUUCUGGAUCUUUAUCUGGGAACCCACUUUAAACUGGAUAAUUGCACAAUGUUUCGAUUUCCUCUUCGUAAUGCAGAAAUGGCAAAAGUUUCAGAAAUUUCUUCAGUUCCAUCAUCAGACAGAAUGGUCCAGAAUCUUUUGGACAAACUGCGGUCAGAUGGGGCUGAACUUUUAAUGUUUCUUAAUCACAUGGAAAAAAUUUCUAUUUGUGAAAUAGAUAAAGCUACGGGAGCCCUAAACGUGCUGUAUUCUGUGAAGGGCAACAUCACCGAUGGAGACAGGCUGAAAAGGAAGCAGUUUCAUGCAUUUGUGAUUGACAGUGUCACUAAAAAGAGGCCGCUCAAGGACAUACCAGUUCAGCAGAUCACCUACACUAUGGAUACGGAGGACUCUGAGGGAAACCUUACCACCUGGCUAAUUUGUAAUAGAUCAGGUUUUUCAAGUAUGGAGAAAGUAUCUAAGAGUGUUAUAUCAGCUCACAAGAACCAAGAUAUCACUCUCUUCCCACGUGGUGGAGUAGCUGCCUGCAUCACCCACAACUACAAAAAGCCCCACAGGGCCUUCUGCUUUCUGCCCCUCUCUUUAGAGACGGGGUUACCGUUUCAUGUGAAUGGCCACUUUGCUCUCGAUUCAGCCAGGAGGAACCUGUGGCGGGAUGACAAUGGGGUGGGUGUUCGGAGUGACUGGAACAACAGCUUAAUGACGGCCCUGAUCGCUCCCGCGUACGUCGAGUUAUUAAUCCAGUUAAAAAAGCGCUAUUUCCCUGGUUCUGACCCGACGUUAUCGGUCUUACAGAACACGCCUAUUCAUGUUGUAAAGGACACCUUAAAGAAGUUUUUGUCAUUCUUCCCAGUCAACAGGCUUGAUCUACAGCCAGAUUUAUACUGUCUGGUGAAAGCACUUUACAGCUGCAUCCACGAGGACAUGAAGCGCCUUUUACCCGUUGUGCGGGCUCCGAACAUUGAUGGCUCCGACCUGCACUCUGCAGUUAUAAUCACCUGGAUUAAUAUGUCGACUUCAAAUAAAACCAGACCAUUUUUUGACAAUUUGCUGCAGGAUGAAUUACACCACCUUAAAAAUGCAGACUAUAACAUCACCACACGCAAAACAGUGGCAGAAAAUGUCUAUAGGCUGAAACACCUGCUUUUGGAAAUUGGCUUCAACUUGGUUUAUAACUGUGAUGAAACUGCUAAUCUGUACCACUGUCUGAUAGACGCCGAUAUUCCUGUUAGUUAUGUCACCCCUGCUGACGUGCGAUCUUUUUUAAUGACGUUUUCCUCUCCCGAUACUAAUUGCCAUAUUGGGAAGCUGCCUUGUCGUCUCCAGCAGACUAACCUGAAACUUUUUCACAGUUUAAAACUCUUAGUUGAUUACUGUUUUAAGGAUGCAGAAGAAAACGGGAUUGAAGUGGAGGGACUGCCCCUUCUCAUUACAUUAGACAGUGUUUUGCAAACUUUUGAUGCAAAACGACCCAAGUUUCUAACAACAUACCAUGAACUGAUUCCAUCCCGCAAAGACUUGUUCAUGAAUACAUUGUACCUGAAGUACAGUAAUAUUUUACUGAACUGUAAAGUUGCAAAAGUGUUUGACAUUUCCAGCUUUGCUGACUUGUUAUCCUCUGUGUUGCCCCGUGAAUAUAAGACCAAAAGUUGCACAAAGUGGAAAGACAGUUUUACAAGUGAGUCUUGGCUUAAGAGUGCAUGGCAUUUUAUCAGCGAAUCCGUAAAUGUGAAAGAGGAUCAAGAAGAGACAAAAGCAACCUUUGACACUGUUGUUGACACCCUAAAAGACUGGGCAUUGCUCCCUGGAACAAAGUUUACUGUGUCAGCCAAUCAGCUUGUAGUUCCCGAAGGUGAUGUUCUGCUUCCUCUAAGUCUCAUGCACAUUGCAGUCUUUCCAAAUGGCCAGAGUGAUAAGGUUUUUCAUGCUCUCAUGAAAGCUGGCUGUAUUCAGCUUGCUUUGAACAAAAUCUGCUCCAAAGACAGUGCAUUUGUUCCUCUGCUGUCAUGUUACACAGCAAACAUAGAGAGCCCCACAAGCAUUUUGAAGGCUGUGCAUUAUAUGGUCCAAACCUCAACUUUUAGAACUGAAAAAUUAGUGGAAAGUGACUUUGAAGCACUUUUGAUGUAUUUCAACUGCAAUUUGAAUCACUUGAUGUCCCAAGAUGACGUAAAAAUUUUAAAGUCACUCCCAUGCUACAAAUCCAUCAGCGGUCGCUAUAUGAGCAUUGCGAAAUUUGGAACAUGCUAUGUGCUUACAAAAAGUAUUCCUUCCGCUGAAGUGGAAAAAUGGACACAAUCAUCGUCCUCUGCAUUUCUUGAAGAAAAAAUACACUUAAAAGAACUAUAUGAGGUGCUAGGUUGUGUGCCUGUAGAUGAUCUUGAGGUCUAUUUGAAACACCUCUUACCAAAAAUCGAAAAUCUCUCUUAUGAUGCAAAAUUAGAGCAUUUGAUCUAUCUUAAGAAUAGACUCUCAAGUAUUGAAGAAUUGUCAGAGAUCAAGGAACAACUUUUCGAAAAACUGGAAAGUUUAUUGAUAAUCCAUGACACUAACAGUCGACUAAAGCAAGCCAAACAUUUCUAUGAUAGAACUGUGAGAGUUUUUGAAGUUAUGCUUCCUGAAAAAUUGUUUAUUCCUAAGGACUUCUUUAAAAAAUUGGAACAACUUAUAAAACCCAAAAAUCAAGUUGCAUUUAUGACAUCCUGGGUAGAAUUCUUAAGAAAUAUCGGACUAAAACACAUCCUUUCUCAGCAGCAGUUGUUACAGUUUGCUAAGGAGAUCAGUGUGAGGGCUAAUACAGAAAACUGGUCUAAAGAAACACUGCAAAAUACAGUCGAUAUCCUUCUCCACCAUAUAUUCCAAGAACGAAUGGAUUUGUUAUCUGGAAAUUUUUUGAAAGAACUGUCUUUAAUACCAUUCUUAUGUCCCGAGCGGGCCCCUGCCGAAUUCAUUCGAUUUCAUCCUCAGUAUCAAGAGGUAAACGGAACGCUUCCUCUUAUAAAGUUCAACGGAGCACAGGUGAAUCCAAAAUUCAAGCAGUGCGACGUGCUCCAGCUGUUAUGGACGUCAUGCCCUAUUCUUCCAGAGAAAGCCACCCCCUUGAGCAUCAAAGAACAAGAAGGGAGUGACCUUGGUCCACAAGAACAGCUGGAGCAGGUUUUAAGUAUGCUGAAUGUGAACCUGGACCCCCCUCUGGAUAAGGUCAUCAAUAACUGCAGGAACAUAUGCAACAUCACAACUCUGGAUGAAGACAUGGUCAAGACUAGAGCAAAGGUCUUAAGGAGCAUAUACGAGUUUCUCAGCGCAGAGAAAAGGGAGUUCCGUUUUCAGCUGCGGGGCGUUGCUUUUGUGAUGGUGGAAGAUGGCUGGAAGCUUCUGAAGCCGGAGGAGGUGGUGAUCAAUCUUGAGUACGAGUCUGAUUUUAAACCGUAUCUGUACAAGCUGCCUUUAGAACUGGGCACCUUUCACCAGCUGUUCAAACACUUAGGCACUGAAGAUAUCAUUUCAACCAAGCAGUAUGUUGAAGUGCUGAGCCGCAUAUUCAAAAAUUCUGAAGGAAAACAGUUAGAUCCUAAUGAAAUGCGCACCGUUAAGAGAGUCGUUUCUGGCUUGUUCAAGAGUCUACAGAAUGACUCGGUGAAGGUGCGGGGCGAUCUCGAGAACAUCCGGGACCUUGCACUCUACCUGCCAAGCCAGGAUGGGAGGCUGGUGAAGUCCAACAUCCUGGUGUUUGAUGACGCCCCGCAUUACAAGAGCAGGAUCCAGGGCAAUAUCGGUGUGCAGAUGCUGGUGGAUCUCAGCCAGUGCUACCUGGGGAAAGACCACGGGUUCCACACGAAGCUGACUAUGCUCUUUCCUCAGAAACUCAGACCACGUCUGCUGAGCAGCAUCCUCGAGGAGCAGUUGGAUGAGGAGACUCCCAGGGUCUGCCAGUUUGGAGCGCUGUGCUCUCUUCAGGGCAGGCUGCAGUUACUCCUGUCCUCUGAACAGUUCAUCACAGGCCUGAUCAGAAUCAUGAAGCAUGAAAACGAUAACGCUUUUCUGGCCAACGAGGAGAAAGCCGUGCGACUCUGCAAAGCUCUAAGAGAAGGCUUGAAAGUGUCCUGUUUCGAGAAGCUUCAGACAACAUUAAGAGUUAAAGGUUUCAAUCCUAUUCCUCAGAGCAGAAGUGAAACUUUUGCUUUCCUGAAGAGGUUUGGGAAUGCAGUCAUCCUGCUCUACAUACAGCAUUCAGACAGUAAAGACAUUAACUUCCUGUUAGCCCUGGCAAUGACGCUUAAAUCAGCGACCGACAAUUUGAUUUCCGACACUUCAUAUCUAAUUGCUAUGCUAGGAUGCAAUGAUAUUUACAGGAUCAGUGAGAAACUCGACAGUUUAGGAGUGAAAUAUGACUCUUCAGAACCAUCGAAACUUGAACUUCCAAUGCCCGGCACUCCGAUACCUGCUGAGAUUCAUUACACUCUGCUCAUGGACCCAAUGAAUGUCUUUUAUCCCGGGGAAUACGUCGGGUACCUCGUUGAUGCUGAAGGUGGGGAGAUCUAUGGGUCGUACCAGCCGACAUAUACAUACGCCAUUAUCGUACAGGAAGUUGAAAGAGAAGAUGCUGACAACUCUAGUUUUCUAGGAAAGAUAUAUCAGAUUGAUAUUGGUUAUAGUGAAUAUAAAAUAGUUAGCUCUCUUGAUCUGUAUAAGUUUUCAAGGCCAGAGGAAAGCUCUCAGAGCAGAGACAGUGCCCCUUCCACACCCACCAGCCCUACAGAGUUCCUGGCCCCUGGUCUACGAAGUAUCCCUCCUCUUUUCUUUGGUAGGGAGAGCCACAAGACCUCAUCUUCGAAGCAUCAUUCCCCCAAGAAGCUUAUGGUGAAUUCUUUACCAGAAAUUUUAAAAGAAGUGACAUCAGUGGUGGAGCAAGCUUGGAAGCUUCCAGAAUCUGAAAGAAAAAAGAUUAUUAGGCGGUUGUAUUUGAAAUGGCACCCUGACAAAAACCCAGAGAAUCAUGACAUUGCUAAUGAAGUUUUUAAACAUCUGCAGAAUGAAAUUAACAGAUUAGAGAAACAGGCUUUUCUAGAUCAAAAUGCAGACAGAGCCUCGAGGCGAACGUUUUCAACCUCAGCAUCCCGAUUUCAGUCAGAGAAGUACUCAUUUCAGAGAUUUUACACUUCAUGGAAUCAAGAAGCAACGAGCCAUAAAUCUGAAAGGCAACAACAAAAUAAGGAAAAAUGCCCACCUUCAGCCGGACAGACUUACUCUCCGAGGUUCUUUGUUCCCCCCACCUUCAAGUCAGUCGGUAACCCAGUCGAAGCACGCAGGUGGCUACGACAAGCCAGAGCCAAUUUCUCAGCCGCCAGGAAUGACCUCCACAAAAACGCCAACGAAUGGGUGUGCUUCAAAUGUUUCCUCUCUACCAAGCUGGCUCUGAUCGCCGCCGACUAUGCUGUGCGGGGCAAGUCCGACAAAGACGUGAAGCCGACUGCACUCGCGCAGAAAAUAGAGGAAUACAGUGAGCAUCUGGAAGGCCUGACGAAUGACGUCCACACCUUGGAAGCUUACGGUGUAGACAGUUUAAAAACAAGGUACCCCGAUCUGCUGCCUUUCCCACAGAUCCCGAAUGACAGGUUCACUUCUGAGGUUGCCAUGAGAGUGAUGGAAUGUACUGCCUGUAUCAUCAUAAAACUUGAAAAUUUUAUACAACAAAAAGUGUGAACGCAUUUAAAGAAGAAGCAGAGCUAGGUCUCAAAUGUGUUGUAGCACAAGUAUGAAUUGCUGUCCUUAAGCUUCCUUGCCAGUUGUUUAGGAAUUGCGAAGCACACUGCAGACUGUUUGGGGAGAAUUUUGGAGUUGUUAUUAACAUGAAUUUCAACAGAAGACGUUAACUGGAUCUAAGAACUAUUUUGAGGCUGGUGGUGAACUGUGGAAUUGCUGGAGGCAGCUGGCCGGCUGCGGUGGCGGCUUGUUGGACUGCACUUUAUACAACCAAAGCUCAGCAGUUUGUUAGAUAAGAGUCUCUCUGUCUCUGGUUAGGGUGAAGUUAGUUUUAUGUCUUCCAUGUAGGAGCUAAUGAAACACUGGACAUAUCAUUGGUUUAAACAAAUAAGGGGAAUUAAGUCUUCGGAGCUUAUUAUCUCUUUACGUGGAUCCUCUUGGGUGUGUUAUUUUCUUAUCAGCUGGAUCCGAUCAUGAAUUUUUUGCAAUUUUACCUAUUAGACCCUCAGUACAUGUGUAACAUGGUACAGUACUUUACUCCUGAAUAUUACUUGAUUGAGACUCUGCAGACGGUACUGCUGGGACGCACUGAGUACACUUUACAUCCUUGUUCUGGAUGUCCUCCCGCCCUGGGUUUACAGGCUUCCUGGUUCGUGAAGGUAGCACGUGGGAGACCCCAGUGGUGGCCGUUCUGGCCUCUGGAUGUGAAUACUGCUUCCAAGAACCGCCUGCCAAAGCGACAUCUGUCACCUGUUAGAACAUUUGCUUUAUGUUUGUUUGUACAUAUUUUCCACGAACGUCAUAAUUUAUAUAGUGUGGCUGAACAGGAUGUGACCUUUCGUUGUCUAAAGGUGCUGCAGUAAACAUUUUUUGUCCUUCAACAUGGCACUUAGUGGAGUUUUUUGGAUUUCACUUUGAAGGCAUUAAAAAAUUGUAAAAUCAUGUGACAAUAUCUAAUAAGUUAUAAAAUAGGAAUUAUCAGCUUGUGUUUUCCCCAUGAACGAUUCAGAACUGACAUUUAAUUUUUAUCAUGUUUGAAUGUCCUACGAACAUACUUCUUUUGCAGAAUGUAAAAGAAAGGUGAUGGUAAUUAGUUUCUAUAAGUGUGCUGGCUGUAAAUGAUGCUAAAUAUAAUAUUUUAUGCAAUUAAGGGCUUAUGGAACAUAUUAAAACUUUUUUACUUUUAUUGGUAAUAAGGAAUGUUUGCGCCUCCACUAUUGUAUUGCUUCUGGAUGUGAAGCCAUGUGAUCAUUUCUGCUAUUAUAUUAAGUGCCACAAUUUUAAUAAAGCAAAUGUACAUAUGAAA